GACGACAUCCUCACACAACAUGCACAUGAGGAUGAUGAUAACUUAGAGGUCUUUUUCAUACAACAACAAUCCCAACAUCAUUUACCCCACCCAUACAUCCCUUCCCAACAUUUUGAAACCUAUACCACACUUCCUUAUGAACAAAAUAGUGAUUUUGGUGAUGCAUUUGACCAUGAAUCAGUGGAACAUCCACUUGGAUCAUUAUUUAAGGGGAUGCAGUUCCAAAACAAGGAAGAA